AUGGCUGCUACUAUUGCUGCUGCUACCGCUGCUGGUGAAGGUGGACAUGUAUUUCGGGAUACUCAAGACCAGACAAACUCGCUCUCCAAAAAACGUAUCAUUGUCAUAUUCUUAGCGUUGGCCAUGACACUGUUCAUCUCGACCAUAGACCAGACAUCAGUAUCAACCUCUCUGCCCGUGAUUGGGAAGGACCUAGAUGCAGUGUCAAUGAUAUCAUGGGUAGGAACCUCAUUCCUCAUCGCCAGCACAGCAUUCCUCCUCAUAAACAGCCGCAUGUCCGAUAUCUUUGGCCGCAAAACCUGCCUCUUAAUGUGCCUUGGCUUCCUGGCCGUUGGCGACCUUCUUUGCGGCUUUGCACAAACCAGCAUCCAGCUCUUCGUCUUCCGUGCCCUCUCUGGGAUCGGCGCCGGCGGCAUAAACUCCCUCGUUAUGGUUAUCGUCAGUGAUAUCACCACGCUCAAGGAGCGCGGGAAGUAUCAGGGAUACCUAGAGACAUUCAUAGCGCUCGGAAACGGCGUGGGGCCAUUGAUUGGUGGAGCGUUUUCAGAGAAUGUCAGUUGGCGAUGGACGUUCUGGUUACCGGUGAUACUAAUUGCGGCUGCGACGGGGGUUGUGGUGAUGAUGGUGCCAAGGUCUACGGUGGAGGGUAGCUGGAGGGUUAAAGUGGGGCAUAUCGACUUUUGGGGGAUUCUCCUGAGUUUGACAGCGGUACUAUUUAUAUUGAUUCCUAUCAGUGGUGGUGGGAGCACUUAUAAUUGGGAUUCGCCAUUAGUUAUAGCUUUCCUCGUAAUCGGCGGAGUUGCUUCAAUCCUGUUUGUAGCAGUAGAAUGGAAAAUUGCAAAGGUUCCUGUUAUGCCUAUCCGUAUAUUCGAGAUUCGCGCAGCCAAAAUAAUCCUCACGCAUUUCUUUCUUACUGGCAUUGUAUACUGGGGAAAUCUCUACUUUCUCCCACUCUACUUCCAAAACGUUCGCGGUUACUCCCCUGUCAUGUCCGGUGUCAUGAUCCUCCCAUUGGUUUUAGCCUUCUCUGUUGGAUCCUCUUCAUCCGGCGUCAUUAUCUCAAGAGUCGGCAAGUAUAACGGUGUCCUUAGAACUGGAUACGUUCUCUGGACCGCGGGCGCCGGAGGGAGGAUCGCUCUACACAGGAGCAGCCAUGUGGCUGUCGUGGUGAUCACGCUGAUCAUCGAAGGCAUAGGGGUCGGUUGCUGCUUCCAGCCAGGUAUGAUCGUGCUGUUAGCCAACUCCCGCAAGGAGGACCGCGCUGUUGCUACCGGGCUGCGAAAUUUUAUCCGCACAGUUGGCGGGGCUGUUGGACUAGCUGCCUUCUCUGCAAUCCUUAACAAUGUCCUCCUUUCUAACAUCCCCGACACCGUCUCUGCGGCAAGCGCACUACAGUUCACCACAGCCACAGGCCUAACGGACGCAGAGAAGAGCGGCGUGAUAGACGCAUACAUGAAGGGCAUUCACGUCAUCAUGUGUACUGGAUGCCCAUUGAUCGGGUUCUGCCUACUAACUAGUUUACUCAUCAAAGAUGUUGCACUGGAGGGCAGGAAGGAGCCGGAGCCUGAAGCAGUGCCGCUGGGAGCGAGGGAGAAGGCAGACGAGAAAGUUUAG